AAUUUCAUAUUCAUACAUACAUACAUUGUGUGUAUAUAUAUACAUAUAAUUAAUAUCCACUCUCUUGUCUCUCUCUCUCUAUAUCACUAUUCACAAUCAGUCUCAAAUUUUUUCAACCACAUCUCCAUCCCAAUUUCAAAACAGAAUUUACACCCAUCAAACUUUUCAUUCUAACUUAUUACAAUAACUCAUAAAUAUAUAUAUAUAUAUAUAAUCAAUUAUUCCCAAGUGGCCUAUUUAUAUUUAUGAUCACUAUAUAUAUAUUUUCUUAGAGAGAAAAUUAAAUUAAAAGAAGAUGGCGGUGGCUAGCGGAGGAAGAUCUUUAGAACAAACACCAACAUGGGCUGUGGCCGUAGUUUGUCUUGUUUUGGUAUUUGUUUCCAUUAUUAUUGAGCACAUAAUCCAUCUCAUUGGCAAGUGGUUUAAGAAGAAACAUAAACGAGCUCUUUAUGAAUCGUUGGAAAAGAUCAAAUCAGAGCUUAUGUUAUUGGGGUUCAUAUCGUUGUUACUAACGGUGGGACAAAGUCCGAUCUCAAAUAUUUGUAUAUCUGAGAAAAUUGGGGGGACAUGGCAUCCUUGUAAUAAAGAACAAGAAGAGAAAUUGAAUAAAGGGGCUGAAGAAUCUGAUGUCGAACAUGAAAGUAACAGUCGGAGAUUGCUGGCCUUUUUAGAGUCCGGCGACGGUGCUGCUAGUGUCCGGCGAAUUUUGGCGGCGGCCGGGACUGAUAAGUGUGCUGAAAAGGGCAAAGUUCCAUUUGUUUCGGCGGAUGGUAUUCAUCAGUUGCAUAUUUUUAUCUUUGUGUUGGCUGUUUUCCAUGUUCUCUACUGCAUCAUGACAAUGUUUUUGGGCAGACUUAAGAUGGGAAGUUGGAAGCAUUGGGAAAAGGAGACUAAAACAGCCGAAUAUCAAUUCUCACAUGAUCCAGAAAGAUUCAGAUUUGCGAGGGACACUUCUUUUGGAAGAAGACAUUUAAGUUUCUGGACCAAACACCCUUUCCUAAUAUGGAUAGUUUGUUUCUUCAGACAAUUUGUUAGAUCAGUUCCUAAAGUUGAUUAUUUAACUUUGAGACAUGGAUUUAUAAUGGCACAUUUGGCCCCUCAAAGCCAUCAAAAAUUUGACUUUCAGAAGUACAUUAACAGAUCUCUAGAAGAAGAUUUCAAGGUCGUUGUAGGAAUCAGUCCUCCUAUUUGGUUCUUCGCUGUGGUGUUCUUACUCUUCAAUACCCAUGGCUGGUAUUCUUAUCUUUGGCUACCUUUUAUUCCUCUAAUUGUGAUCUUAUUGGUGGGGACGAAAUUACAAGUGAUUAUAACAAAGAUGGGGCUAAGAAUUCAAGAAAGAGGAGAAGUGGUAAAAGGAGUGCCUGUGGUUCAACCUGGGGAUGACCUUUUCUGGUUCAACCGCCCACGCCUUAUUCUCUACCUUAUUAACUUCGUCCUCUUCCAGAAUGCAUUCCAGCUUGCGUUCUUUGCAUGGACUUGGUAUGAAUUUGGACGCAAAUCUUGCUUUCAUGAACAUGUUGAGGAUGUGGUUAUCAGAAUCACCAUGGGGGUGCUCAUCCAGAUUCUGUGCAGCUACGUCACCCUCCCUCUCUACGCCCUUGUUACACAAAUGGGUACAUCCAUGAAACCAACUAUAUUCAACGACAAAGUAGCGGAGGCCCUCCGCAACUGGCACCACUCAGCCCGAAAGCACAUCAAACACCAAAACAAGGCGGCGGGGUCAGUGACGCCGCUGUCAAGCCGGCCAACGACACCCACACAUCACAUGUCCCCGGUCCACCUCUUGCGCCACUACCGCAGUGAGGCAGCAGACAGCCUCCAAAACUCCCCAAGGCGCUCAAACUUUGAUGGUACCACCGAACGGUGGGAGACAGAUUCGCCAUCUCCAUCUCACCACCACCACCACGGCCGCUUCGCGACCGAGGGUUCCUCCUCUCAUCAUAAUAGUAAUAAUAAUAAUAAAAAUAAAAAUCAACAAAUUGAAUUGGGACAAAUAAUGGAACAACAUCAUCUUCAUGAAGAUCGAUUCGCCAAUGAGCUUCCUCCUCAAACCACAACAUUAAGAAAUCAAGCUGCUACUGCUGAUGAUCAAUCAUCAGCAGCAGCAGCAAAGGUGGGGCCGCCGCCGCCCCACCACGAAAUCAAUAUUGGACACAGAGAUUUCUCUUUUGAACGGUUUGAACGACAGCCUAGCGUUUGAUGACGAGAGAGAAUUCCGUUAUUUGGUUAUAAUGUUAAUCGGACGGUUCUCAUUGUCUCGGCCUCUGAUGAUCAACGAGCUAGAAUGAUUGAGAUGAUUUAUUACUGAUCAGCAUGCAUGAUUAUAUAUAAGCAGCUCCAAUAAUGAGCGGUUUAAUUAUAUGUUAUUUAUGUAUAAUUAAUUAUUAUGUUUAUAUAAUUUUUUUGUUUAUUUGUUUUUCAUUAGUAUUUUUAAUUUAUAAAUAUUAAUUUCUUUUAAGAAACGAAUUUGGCGCACGUGGAGAUAUGGAGCUGGUUUUGGCAUCCCAUCCCAUGCUAAGCUUCAUGAUCAGUUUUAUUAAUUAAUUAUUACUGCUUAAUUAGUUUAAUUUG